UGUUAUCGAUGAACAAUGACUUUGGUUUUCGUCUGUACAAGAGUCUCACGGCAAAGCCUGAGUUUCAGUCCAAGAAUAUCUUCUUCUCUCCAAUUAGCGUGUCAAUGGCCCUUUCAGCGCUGUCUCUAGGAGCAGAUGGUGAUACCAAACAUCAGCUUCACAAGGGCAUCGGCCAUAACAGCUCUUUCUUUAGCACUGAAGAAAUGCAUAAGGCAUAUCAAAGUAUCUUGGAGGAAAUCAACCAGAAUACCGGGGUGGAGAUUGAUGUUGGCACUGCUCUGUAUUUAAGCAACAAAUUUAAGUCACAUCCCGAGUUUUUUGAGGAGAUGAAGCAGUUUUACCUUUCAGAAGGCUUCGCCGUAGAUUUCAGCACCAGAGAAACUGUAGAACAGAUCAACGCAUAUGUGAAGGAAAAGACACGCGGCAAAAUAGAUCAAGUUGUUCAACGCCUGAGUCCUAGUGUCAAGAUGCUUCUUCUCACAUACAUAUAUUUUAAAGGAAAAUGGGACUUGCCAUUUAACCCAAAAAAGACCCGUGAGGCUAAUUUUCAUGUGGAUGAUAAGACAACCGUUCCAGUGCAAAUGAUGCAUAAAAACGAUUACGUCAAAGUUUUUUAUGACGAAAGACUUGCCACUAAAGUCCUUGCUCUUGACUACAAUGCCACGUUCUCCCUGAUCCUGGCUCUCCCAGACAAAUCCAUCACUGAGCUGGAGGCGGCUAUCUGUCAACAAGACAUUGAAAAGUGGAGAAAUGGAGUUACAGAAAGAAAAGUUAAAAUCUAUGUCCCCAAGCUGUCUCUUAAAACAUCAUAUUCCCUGAGAAAUAUUUUGCAAGGAAUGGGUAUGACGGAAAUGUUCUCAGGUAAUGCCAACUUCAACAGACUUUCGGCUGAAAAGAUUUUCGUUUCAGAGUUGGUGCAUAAAGCCGCUCUGGAUGUAGAUGAAGAAGGCACCACUGCAGCAGCCGUGACUACAAUUUUACUGGGAUCUUCUUUUCCCAACCCAAUGAACAUUUACAGAUUCGACCGUCCAUUCAUGCUCUUUAUUGUUGACCCCAAAAGUUCCAUCCUCUUUAUGGGAAAAAUUGUCAACCCAGCAGUGAAAGAAUGA